CCCCAUCAGUUGACGAUACCCUAGGAGCACUGCCGGACGAUACCCUAGGGGCGUUGCCGUCAUAUACUAAGCAUUUCUUGCAAGCAAAAUUGUUUUUUAUGUAGAUUAUGGAUGAUAAUAAUGAUGAUGCUCCAUUAGAAACGUCAUUUAAGGAAUUUAAGAAAAAGAAAAUAUAUCUAACAGAAAACCUUAAAAGUGUUUAUCAAGACGGUAUUCAAUCGUUAAAACGUAAACAAAAUCGCAAGAGUGACCCUAGAUUUGACCCUAGAGUUGAUGGUAUUUGUUACGUUGAUGAUUGGGAAUUUUUAGAAGAUGAAAGAGCGAAAACCUUAAAAAAACUAAAAAAGAUGCUGCGUCAGAAUUUAGACCCGAACAAACGUAAGGAAGUGACGGAUGCGUUACAUUUGGUAAGACAACGAAUAGCCACAGCAAAAGAUAGAAAAUUCCGUAAGAAAUUCAUGGAUAAACUGCAGAAGGAACAAAUUGAAAACUUGGAAUCAGGGAGAUCUGUUCGUUUUAUUCCUCGAGCGGAACUCCGUAAACUUGUUCAGAAUGAACGUCUGGCACAAAUGAGCAAACGGCAAAAAGAGCGGUAUUUGAAUAGGAAAAAAAGAAGAUUUACUUCGGAUGAUAGAUAAAUUUAUUUAUAUAUUCUGCAUAUAGUUUUCCUAAAUGAUACAUUCGAAUCGCGCACUGUAAAUUACUGUACAUUUGUAAAAAUUAUUAUCUCAUCCCAACAAUGUUGUAUUCUUUGUCCUCUAUCAGUAUCUGCUUUUUUUUUUAUAUAUAUAUAUAUAUAUAUAUAUAUAUAUAUAUAUAUAUAUAUAUAUAUCGGUAACAUUUUAGUAUUCGGUUCAUACUGAAACUACACGAUCACAAAUUUCAGCAACAUAUGUAACAAUGAAUGUUUAAGUUGAAUUUUACCACUUUCCAAUUGAGCAUAUUAACAGUGUCCUUGCGUGCGUUCAAAGUAUUUCUGAAACAACUUGAUUAAUAAAUUAUAUGUAUAACUUUAUUCCCAUUAUUCUUUCAAUUUAUUAAUCUUAAUUUUCUUACGUUAGGAUCAGUCCUCAGUGAUUGCUCUUUCAAAUGAAGUGAUUUUUAGCUCUAUAGAUAUAAAAAGACUUAUAUAAUUUUCCGUUUAAAGAAUAUUCGUUCUCACAGGUGCAAUUAUUUUAAAAUAUAAUAUAUAUAAAGUGAUACAGCAAUCAAAAGACUUCAUUACAGUCAAUAUCGAAUAAGUUUAGGAUUUGAAGAUUGAAACAAUACAUAUUUAAGUAAGUCAGGAAGCUUC